GCGCGGUCAGUCGCCGGCGCCCCGCGCCCCGCAGCGGACGCGUCGUAUUCACACGCAGAAUCUGUGCCGAUUUGCACAAGUUUUUUUAAACGGAUCAUCAAAUUGAUUAAAAAAAGCGGUUUUUAUAAAACAGGGAAGAAUCCUAUGAGAAUAUCAUCAAAAUGGACCCGGAAGAAGAAAAUAUUCAUACUUGUGAUGUCACCAUUGACGAUGAAGAAGAAGAAAUCGAGGAACCAGAACACUUCCCAGUUCCUAAUAUUGAACUUAAAAACGAGACGUAUUCACAAAAUGAAUCCAUGGCGUCCGAGUCUCAAGAAGUAACGAUGACAACUGAACAAGACGCGCCAAUGACUAAUCGCUCCAGUACCAGCUCGAACGAUGGCAGUUCAUCAGACGAUAAUCUCCUCACGCCUAGUGUUUCAAAGAAACCCCGUACUGCAAGAAAAACUAUAUUUGGAAUUUACGCUCAGAAAUCCAAUAUCGAUUUAAAAUGUAGCAUGCCUGGCUGUGACACAGUACAGUGUUAUUACAUUUACAGCCAAGAACAUUAUUUUUUCAAGGCGCCGAUGGCAAUGGUGAGACGUAAAGAAUGGCUAGAUGUUAUCGGUGACGAAAAACUAAUGUCUAAGAUUUUAUCAUCGGAGAAGCCAGCAUCAUAUCCAGUCUAUUUAUGCCAGAAACAUUUUAAGACAGAGGAUUACAUCGUGAAUACGCCGCAUAAAAAGAUUUUAAAGUGGACCGCAGUGCCUAUGCCUUUAUCAAGAGAAAUACCAGUUGAGCACAAGGGCGUGCAGGCCACGCUUGUGACGUCAGACAGCGGCUCCCAGACCGACUACACGAACAUGGAGCAUCAAUCUGUUCAGGUUCGGCCGGUCAUUUUCGGCAACUUUGAGGCUAAACUGGACAAUAAGGUAAUCGAAAACAUAGAAAACACAUUCGACAAGUGGUGCGAUAAAUUUUUACCUGAGCGCCUCUCGGAAAUCAUCAAAGAACAAAAUACCAUCAAGCACAGAGGUCUUGGAAAAAAUAGCGUAGCAUUAGGUUUAACCUUAUUUCAUACCGGCCCACGAGCGCUCGAAUUACUACUAAGCGAGGAUAUGCACUUACCCCGUCGUAGAACAUUACAAAGAGUUCGCAUUCCAGGGACUACUGAAUAUAACGAAGCAAUAAUGAAAGCUGUCGAGAUCAAAAUUCGUAACAUGACGGAACGCGAAAAGUACUGCUCGGUGAUAGUAGACUUGGUAAAAAUAAAGGCUUGCCUAGACUAUGAGGAAGAUAGAAUUGUGGGUUUACAUGACAUUAACGGACGUCAGUUAAUGGAACCAGCUCAAUACGCAGUAGUAAUUCUAACGAGGGGUUUAUUUGUUAACUGGUCUCAACCUAUAGCGUUUGCAUUCUUAUCAAAAUCAAAAAGGCAUUCACAGGUGUCAAAGUGGAUAGACCAAUAUAUAAAAAAACUCCUCGAUAUUGGACUUAAAGUGAAAACUUUUGUGGCUAAUUCUAAAACGGAUCUGUUGAAUGAAGUUGAACUAAGGUCAAUAUCAGUCGACAAACCAUAUUUUUUCGUAAAUGAUGUUAAAAUUUAUUACAUGUUCGAUGUCCCUGAUAUGCUGAUAGAACUUCGUGAUAAGUUUUUAAGUUACAGGUUCCAAUAUCAAAAAGAAAGUGGCGUUGUUGUAGCAACGAUUGAACACGUUAGAAACUAUUUACUUUUUCAAACUCCAAAAUUAUGUGUUGCUCCUAAAUUAUCCCCGAAGCACCUCUCCCCGACUGACGCAGAGAACCGCCAAGUGCGCUACGCGGCGCAACUGUUGAGCCAAUCAGUGGCCUUGGCCCUGUCAACCUCGAACGAACUUCAUUUCAUGGGAUUAGUUGAACCCGUUAAUGAUACUAUCGAUUUCCUAUUGCUGAUGAACAAUCUGUUCGAUACGUUGAACUCUUCGAGUAUGGCAGGAGAGCUAUUCAAGAAGCCUUUUCGUGGAAAUAAAACUCAAAUAGAUUUGCUGAAACAAUCUAGCGAAUUUUUUAAGUCAUUACAAUUAAUCACAGAACAGGCUGAAAAAUGUGAAGAUGCUCAAUUCAUUACAGGCUUCCAAAUAACUAUUCAAUCCCUUUUACUUUUGUUUAAAGAUUUAAGACUAGAAGGACAUGACUGUUUGUUCACACGAAACCUAAAUCUUGAGGUGUCUAAGAAAAUGUUCAAGCCCGUCAAAUCUGAGGCUGGUGGUGAUGCCGAGACGCCGAACAGCGCGCAGUUUGUGGAUAUUUUCAAUGGUUUAUAUUUGACCCAUUUACUGAAACCGACGAAGGGUAGACACAGCUCGAUGGAUGUGGCAAGGUGUAUUAGUAACCUUAUCGAAGUGGAUGAUUCACAACAAAUUGUGGAUUCGCAUCAUCAUGAGGAAGAGGUAGUGCCGGACAGUUCAACAUCAGUUAUCAAUAUUCCAACUGAAUUCUUCACAGAUCUAAAAAUUGCUGAGCAAAUUAAUAUUGAAGAUAUUUGGAUGGUAUUGUUUAGGAUAUGUCUAAACCACCAUAGCACCUGCGACAGAUUUAAAGCAUUCGUUUUAUCAUUUAGCAACAGAGUAGUUUCAACAAAGAGAACUCCAGAUAUGACCAUACGGGUGAAUUUUAUGAGUUUCAUAGAAAUCAUGGAAAAAGAAUUUUGCGAAGCUAUCAAAAGCUUGGAAACCAACAGUAAGAUAGUCGCGGUGACGUUCGAGAGGCUAAGACGCGUGGAGUUCUCUCCACCAUGUCCGUGCUUCCCAACAGAACACCUCAAAAAGGCUUUUAUCAGAUUAAGGCUGUUCAUGAUAGUCAACUACAAUAACAAAGUCUAUUGUAUGGAUGAUUCUGACUGUAAAAAUGUUAUCAUUCCGUCAAUAAUUUUUACUGAUUAAUUAAUAUGCGAAAGAAAUAAAAACUAUAAUUCUCA